AUGCUCGGGCGGGCGGCAGCGCACGUUUCUUCACCCCCGUUGCCUGCCCCCCAUCAAAGAACUCCCCAGAAGCGGCCGCGCCGCGCCCGCAGCGGGCAAGGUUCCUGUGGCGGCGCGCAGGCAGCCCCAGGAGGCAGCCCAGACCGGCCCUUCUUGCAAUCCUGGGCGCUCUCCAUGCGCCUGGGCCUCCCAUUAUAUGGGAUCGAGAAAAUGUCGGGAAACCUGCUCGUGGCCGAGGCCCGCAGCUGCCAGGAAAGCCCCGCCGUUCCUUCUUUGGCGCUCCGUGUGGCUGGGUGCCCGGACCCCACGCGGGAGGCCUCCCGUUGA